CUCCGGCUGAUUGUCCACCGGCCGGCAAUGAAAUCAACUUUAUCGAACACCGAACCCAGAUCUACACCAGUUCGCCGACCAAUCUAGUCCACAUCCACGACCGGAUAUUGAUGGACACUCAAACAAAAUCAAUCAUUAAUUCCUCCAACUCGCUUCCUGAUUUACUUUUUUAGCCAUACAACGAGCCCUGGACUUUUACCAUACCAGAUCAUUGUUCCAACCAGGAGAUAGCCCAGGUGUCUAACUAAUCACCCACUACCAAAAUGGAAGAGUCAAAGAGACAGCCACAACCAGCAGUCCCAGCCGCGUCUACAUUAUCAUCAUCAUCACCACCAUCAAAACUAGCACCACCUCAGGAGCAAGAGCAACAGCCUGCGGGCGAGGAUACAGCCAAGUCCAAAGGCAAAGGUGGAGGAAAAGGCAACAACGACAACACUGAAAAUAACCAAACCAAGAAACCCAACAAAAUGCCACCGAAACCACCCCCAACCCACUUCCUCUGCAUCCCCCUCGCCACCACGGCCUCCCGGCCUCACCUCGCACGCAGCCUAGCCGCCUUUAGGGAGGAAGUGACGGCGCCCAACCCUUCUAGCGCAUAUGGAGCGCUGCCGGUGCCCGAGCAAGCCAUCAGGCCUGUGGGGACUGUGCAUUUGACAUUGGGGGUUAUGAGUUUUAUGGAGCCCAAGGUUGGGAAACCGGCUAGACAGAGGCAGGGGCAGGAAGAAGAAGAAGGAGGAGGAGCUGGCAGCGGGACCGGGGGUACUGGAAAGGGGCAAAGAAACGGGCCGCAAGAAGAUUGCGGGAGUAGGAACAGGAGCAGAAGUAGGAGUGGCAGUGAUGAGGAACAGCCGGAACCAAGUGGAAGUGGAAAAAGUGAAAGUUUGAGUGGCUUGAGGAAGUUAGAGGAGGCCAAGGCUUUGCUGAAGAGCUUGAAGCUGAAAGAAAUUUGGCAAGGGGUACUGAGGGAGUCACAGACGCAGGCGACGGCGGUGCCGGUGCCGCGGGAUGUUGAAAACGGUAAUGGUGGUGGUGCGCCUAUUGCUAUUGGGACGGCAGAAGUUCCAGACGAGGGGCUGGAGGCCGGGAUGGGGACGGUUGUUAGGGAUGUCCAACCUCGAUCUCUGUCUGAAAUGGAGAUGAAGGAGGAGGAACAUCCGAAGAUCACGUUAAGGGGUCUUCACUCGAUGCAAUCGCCUUCCAAGGCAGCGGUACUCUACGCCCCGCCCGUUGACCCACUUGGCCACCUCCAGCGCUUUUGCGAGGAGGUUAAAGCCGAGUUCGUGCAGAGGGGGUUGAUGGUAGAAGAAGGCGGGAGACCACUUUUGUUGCAUGCUACGGUGGUUAAUACGAUUUACGUCAAGGGGCGGGACCAGCAGCAAGCAGCAGGCAACAGAGGAGGAAAGAAGGGAGGCCAUGGCCACCAUGGUCACCACGGUCACCACGGCCAUAGAAGAGGAGGGGGAAACAAAAGGGAAAGGCUGACGAUAGACGCGAGGGAGAUUCUGGAGAGGUAUGAGGAGUAUACGUGGAUGGAGGGCGUCAAGGUGGAAAAGGUGGCUAUUUGCAAGAUGGGGGCGAAGAAGGAGAUGGUUGAUGGGGUGGUGGUUGACGAGGCUUAUGAGGUUGAGGAGGAGAUUGAGUUUUGAAAACAUCUGCGGGCUUUAGAGAUUGAUGAACCACAAUAAUAUACUAGUCAAAAGAAAGAGAUGUACUCGAUCCAGUCCGACAAAGGCCCGAGGGAUCCACGAGCCACGCUAACUCGUCUUGUGCGAGAGAGAUGGAAUGAAGCGAAAGAGAUGUAGC